GCGCUCUCGCCACGCCACUACCCAUGCUGUGCAUCCUAUCACCAGCUGGUGGAGGCAGGAGGGACGACAGGACGACUGACCGCUCCCCUGUGCUUACGCCUCGCGCAGCCUCGCCUGAUGCCUCCUGCUCAUGGACGGGCGAGCCCGGCGUAUAAAGAUUUUCUAGAGAGGCCGCGCGCACCACAAAUCCUCAAACGGAAACGCGCAUUUAUUCCGUGUAAGCUCCCCACCACCUUUCUCCUCACUGCCCAGACAAGGACUCGGAAAAGCACCGGGCGAUCGCCGCUGUCCCAGCCAGCCAUCGAAGCCACCACCCACGCCAUUCACACGGCCCGGCAACGCACGGCAACAACGCGCGCGGUUCCGUCUCACCAGCCAUGAUGCAUCGGCCCUUCCGCGCCGCCGGCGCCGUCCUCGCUGCCGUCGUCGCGGGGCUGGUGUGCGCGGCGGGGGUCGCCGAGGCGGGCACCGGCACGUUCAUCUACGCCGGGUGCUCGCCGUCCAAGUACCAGCCGGGCACCCCGUUCGAGGCCAGCCUGGAGUCGCUCCUCACCUCCUUCGCCAACGCGGCGCCCAACGCUGGGUACAGCACCUUCACGGCGGGCGCCAACGGCACGGGCGGCGCCGCGGCGUACGGGCUCUACCAGUGCCGCGGCGACCUGGACGGCGGCGACUGCGCGGCGUGCGUGCGGGACGCGGUGGGGCAGCUGGGCCAGGUCUGCCCCGCGGCGUCCGCGGCGUCGCUGCAGCUGGAAGGGUGCUACGUGCGGUACGACGGCAGCAACUUCGUGGGCGCGCCCGACACCGCCAUGGUGUACCGCAAGUGCAGCACCAGCACCAGCAGCGACGGCGGCUUCCUCGGGAGCCGGGACGCCGUGCUCGGGGACCUGCAGCAGGGCGCCGGCGGCUACAAGGUGGCCAGCUCCGGCAGCGUGCGGGGCGUGGCGCAGUGCCUGGGCGACCUCGCGGCGGCCGACUGCACGGCGUGCCUGGCGCAGGCGGUCGGGCAGCUCAAGGGCACCUGCGGCACCGCGCUGGCCGCCGACGUGUACCUGGCGCAGUGCUACGUCAGGUACUGGGCCGACGGCUACUACUUCCGCCCGGCACAAGAUUCGCAGGACGAUGUCGGGAGGACGCUGGCCAUCGUCGUCGGCAUCUUGGCGGGGCUGGCACUCUUCGUGGUCUUCGUCUCUUUCCUUAGGAAAACAUGUAACUAAGCAUCUUCUGUGCUCGCAAAGCGUCGUGUACCACCUGUGCCCCUGAGUCUGUACUCAGGGUCCGAUGGCAUGGAGAACCAAGGGCUCAGAAAAGAGAUGGACCCACUAGCAUAGCCUGCAAAAAGCUUCAGAAAGCGCAUGUAAUCUCAUUUUGUUAGCAAUAGAUGUGGACUAUCGGAUGAGCACUA